GUGCCCGCCCGCAGCGGCCAGCCAUGGUGGGUGGUGGCGGCGGCGGCGGGAUGGGGGGCGGCGGCCUCCUAGAGAACGCCAACCCCUUGAUCUACGAGCGCUCUGGGGAGCGACCGGUGACGGCGGGCGAGGAGGACGAGCAGGUUCCGGACAGCAUCGACGCGCGGGAGAUUUUCGAUCUGAUCCGCUCCAUCAACGACCCUGAACACCCGCUGACGCUGGAAGAACUGAACGUCGUCGAGCAAGUCCGAGUUCAGGUGAGUGACCCAGAGAGUACCGUGGCCGUGGCAUUCACCCCCACCAUCCCACACUGCAGCAUGGCCACUCUGAUUGGCCUGUCCAUCAAAGUCAAGCUUCUGAGAUCCCUUCCCCAGCGCUUUAAGAUGGAUGUUCACAUUACUCCAGGGACCCAUGCCUCAGAGCAUGCAGUGAACAAGCAACUUGCAGAUAAGGAGCGGGUGGCAGCUGCUCUGGAGAAUACCCAUCUGCUAGAGGUUGUCAACCAGUGUCUGUCUUCUCGUUCCUGAGCUUGCCUUUGUCCUCAGCGCCAUCCAGGACACAUGUUCUGACUUUUUUGAAUCACUGACAUUGAAAAAAAUAACACUUUUUAUUUUGUAAUAAACCCUUAAUUUAUAUUCA